ACCGCAGGCAUCAGGGGGGCUCAAAGAGGUGGGACUGCACUUGGGUAUGGCAGGAGAUGGGUCAAAAAGAAUCUGCCUGCACUGCAGGGAGACAAAACCGACAGCUUUCCUCUGGCCUGGCCAUUUGUUCUGGCCACAGAGGAGCAGGAGGGUGGCGGGGGCACUGUGUCAGCUGGCUGGCUAUGUUGGGUAAAAAUAGCCUGUCCUUGUGAGCCCUCCCAGGUGCGUGCAGGCAGGAGUGCGAGUAAUCCUUCUGCUCAUUGCAUCAGCAGCUUUGCUGAGCCCAGGCUGUGCUUGCUGCUGGGAGCUGAGUGGCCUUUAGCCUGUGCUUUGCACUCAGUUAUUUUUUGACACGUUAGCACAUUAAAGUCUGAUGUGCUCCUGUCUUGCAGCAGUUGGUGCUGGAACAACAGCGUGACAACUGUCCAUCGUGUUUGGGCUCCUGUGGGCUCCAGCAGCACCGGCAGCCCCUUCCUGCUCACACUUCUGACAGUUUUUGCAGUGCUGGGGUCAGCCGACAUCAAACCAUCUCGCUUGUGAAAAUCCCAUCUGAACCGGAGAGGUUUGCAGUGAAACCCAAGCUGCCACUGAGCUGCAGUUCCCCUUUCUUCCCCAGCCGCAGAGAGGUCAGUCGGGAAAUUCAAUCCCCAUCUUAGGCCUUAGGGCGCUGGAAGGGCUGAGGGGUGUGGCUUGUGUUCAGGACAGAAUUUCUUUAGACUGGGUUUAUGGUGACAGCAAAAUGGAUUGGCGGUGCUGGUUCAGGGUUCUUCUUUACUCCUGUUUCCUCUUUCCUUGCUGUGUGGGCACUUUUGUGGUUGCCUUGUGAAAGGAGAUGUAAUAAUUGACAGGAAAAGAGUUAAGCAUCAUCCCAGAACAGGAGGAGAGGUUGCAACAAUCCUGGGCUGUGGUGCAGAAAGAAUGCAACAGUAAGCAGCAGUGCUGGUCAAUCCCCCCCUUACCACACAGCAGGGACAUGGCUUAGUGAGCAUGAUGGUGGUAAGUUGAUGGUUGGACUAGAUGAUUUUAGUGGUCUUUUUCAACCUUAAUGAUUCUAUGACAUCAAACUUCAUGUAGUUCUGCGGGGAAAGUGAGAAGUUAUGAAGUGUUGUCGGUAAGGACCUUGUAAGUACGUGUAAACUCACGCAGCUUGUCUUAUCCAAACUUUCAUCAAAUAUGUCAAAGGCCAUGGAAAGAUGGAAGGGAAGUCAGCAUUACCCUUACAACUGCAGGUGCUGUUUUCCAGAAAAGACUCUCAGAGAGCAAUAGGUGAGGCUGGAUUCUGAAGUCAAGGAUGAGUGAGUCCCCUAGGACACAUGAGGAGAACAAACGUAAAACUGUAGCAAACAAGACCAAAGGCCCCUCUCAACUAACACCCUUUCCAAGAGUCAAAAUUGGCAGUACUUCAGGAAGGCAUGAGAGCUGUAGGCAAAAGAAACUUUUCCCCAUGGCGCACCCUCAGCUUUUGGCAGGGAUCCCCAAAGGAAUGUAGGUGCGCCUCAACUCUUGUAUUUAAUAAAAGCUUAAUAAUAAUGUAAUUCAUUAAUUAAAGAUAAAUCUGAAGGAUUUAUCACCUCUGCCUUUGUCCAGUCUGCUCUGGGCCCAUUUAUUCCCUGGCUUUAGGGAGUUUGCAGAUGCUGACAUCCAAAUAGCCGCUCUUUGGUGGCUAGAGGCCAGUUUUCCCAGAACUCCAAGGGACAUUUCUGUACUCCUGACCCCACAGGAAGAUUGAUGGGUGCCUCACUCCCUGGGUGUUACUGAGAAAGCCUUACCCCAUAUUGCUACACCACUGCUCUCUGCACCGACCUCUCUCUUGCUCUGUGCUUGUGGAUGGGACAGGGACUGUCUGAGUUGGGACACUUCUCAAACAUGGGUUGUCAUGCUGAGGGGUGGUGAUGCUCAUCCUCACCUUUGUGCAAUGGCAAGUCUUUAUUUAGCUGCCAGGGGUUAUGUUGUGUCCUGUGCAGGUGUUUAAGAGCUGAGGAUGCUGUGCACACUGCAGCUGGGACACGUUACCUAUGCACCAUCUCAAAUGCCCAUAGGUGCCUGUCUCCACCAGUCCCCACCCCACAGAUGGCAGCCCCCAGAGUGGCAGUGGUGGGCGCGGGGCUCAUCGGACUGUCCACAGCGUUACGUAUUGCUGAGGUGAACCCCAACUGCUGCUCCAUCACUCUCCUUUCAGAGCAGUUCAGCCCCAACACGACGAGCGAUGUGGCAGCUGGCAUGCUCAUCCCCCACACCUACCCAGACACACCAAUCCACGUGCAGAAGCAGUGGUUCAAAGAGACCUUCACCUACCUUUUUGCUAUCAGCAACUCAAAUGAGGCAUCAGAAACUGGCAUUCACCUGGUCUCUGGCUGGCAGAUCUUUAAAAACCCUUCUGAAGCUGAGGUGCCUUUCUGGUCUGACAUUGUCCUGGGGUUCCGACCAAUGUCUGCAGCAGAACUGCAGAAGUUCCCACACCACAGCCACGGCCAGGCCUUUACAACACUGAAGUGUGACUGCCCCCCCUACCUGCUGUGGCUAGAGAAAAGGUUGAAAGCAAACGGUGUCCAGAUACACACCAGAAAAGUUGCAGAUCUAUGGGAGCUGCACAGCGAGUAUGACAUUGUUGUCAACUGUGCGGGCAUUGGAGCCCGCCAGCUUGUGGGGGACCAGCAGUUGUUCCCUAUUAGGGGUCAAGUGCUCAAGGUUCAUGCUCCUUGGGUGAAAAACUUCAUCCGGGAUGGGGAUGGCUUAACUUACAUCUACCCAGGGAUAGACAGCGUAACUCUUGGGGGAACCAGGGAAAAGGAGAGCUGGCGUCUCUCCCCUGACCCUGGCACUACCAAAGACAUCUUUGACAGAUGUUGCUCCCUUGAGCCUUCGCUGCAACGAGCUCAGGAUAUCAGGGUGAAGGUGGGCCUGAGGCCAUCCAGAUCAUGCGUGAGACUGCAGAGAGAGGUUCUGAGCCAGGGAGGAGCCAAGCUGCUGGUGGUCCACAACUAUGGGCAUGGUUCAGGUGGCUUUUCAGUGCACAGAGGCACAGCCGAGGAGGCCGCUCACCUGGUGGGAGAAUGCAUUGCUGCUCUGCAGGGUUCCUCAUCCAGGGCCAAGCUUUGAAUCCCUGAACCUCCUUUUCCUUUUAUAACAAGCUAAUGCAGCAUCUCGUUGUAGAACCUUUAGACUUUUAUUUAAUUGCUGGAGAGAAGGAAGCUAAAACAACUCGUGCCAUUGCAGGCACUUGGUGUUAUCUCACCUGGCUUCCAGUGGCCACCUUGGAAAAGUGCAGUGGGUCCAUCCCAGCAUUAGCCCAACUCUCCAUCUCCUCCAUCUGGUAUCAUUUCUGCCCUGGUGAUUUCUUCUGGCUUUGUGCUUGGGAGGGUACAAGAUACAUAAAUAUCCUUCACAUAGCAAAAAUCACUGCUUCAUUAUAAUACAAAUAAUAUAAAUUAAGCAUUUAUUCAUCUAUAUCUAAAGCAUAUUUGAUGUACUAGAUUCAGUAAAAUCUAAUUCUCUGCUGUUGCAUUAGAUCUUCUCUAGUAUUAGAUCUAGUACUCUAGAUCUUACUCUGCCACCUUGUUAAUGAACUUUACAAUUGCCUUUAUGAGUUACAAUAAUAGUAAACCCCUGUUGAGUUGCUGCAUGACAGUGCUUUUGGUUGACUCUUACAGAAAGCAGUGGUAGGGACAGGGACCCUGUCACGCACAGGGAACAAACAAGUAUGAUUUCAGGAGCAGGUUACAUAUUACAGCUUGCAUGACUUGAUACAAAAUUUCUGUGAGAGGAAGUUGCCACAUAUGGGCCAGAUUUGUACCUCAAUUUUCAUGCUUUAUUGCAAAUAUCUUUUAUUCUGAGUCUCUCUGAUUUUGCUCUCAGAAAUAAGAUGAUUUUUCCAAAAUAGUAAUGUUGAAAUGGUCUGCCUGUAUGAUAUGAAAGAGAAUUUAUCAGGGUGGGCUUGGGAGUGCAGAAUUUUCUACUUCUUUUCAGCACUUGCAGCUUUUCUUGCAACAGUUGAUGUAAAUAAACCAGCGACAAACCAACAAAGAUUUUAGCACGAACUGCAGUUGCGUAAGUGAGAAACAAGCCAUGUAAGUCUAGAUAAACACUGUAAAGAGAAAUUUGAGCUUGCUGUCAAAGUACAAGAUGAAUGUCUGACUGUUAGUGAUUAAACUGCUCAUUAGACUGGAAAUGGCUUAUUUAACUGUUAGCAUCCACUUUUGACUUGUUCUUUGUCCUCAAGAUUACAAACCAAAACAAAAUCCUUCAAGAAAUAACAUGAUUAAAUUUGAUAAAUAAAAUUCUA